AUGUCUGCACACUCUCAGAUCGGUCAACAGGCUAUCUCAGCUAAAGCCCUUAAAAAUUUCAAUUUGAAUGUAUGCUAUGUCCCCGAAACACGCAUACAGGAUGCUACCUCAAUCAUCUCCAUGCAUUCUCCUAACCCAACGUCAUCCUCACGCUUCACCCUUCGUGUGUCAAUCGAUUCGGCAUCCGACGGUCGCGGUGUUGCUGGUAUUGGGAUCGUGCUAAUGCCAAGGAUCGGGGCUCACUUCUUGACUGGAUUCCAGUUAUCCGACGGACGGCAACGUGGCGCUUCAGUUCAACUGGUACGUUAA